AUGACAGCAGGCUUCUCCGGCGGUGGCUCUAGCGGCAAUGGAGGCCGGAACAAUGGAGGAGGCGGCAGGAAUAAUAUUGGCAAUGGUAAUCAUGACGGGCCGCCGGAAAACGCCUCGUGUUGGUACAGAGGGGUAAGGCAGAUGUUGUCGGGCCGCGGAUGGGUGGCGGAAAUCAAGGAACCGACCCGGGGUUCGCGCCUCUUCUUAGGUACGUUCAAUACCUCCCAUGAGGCAGCGAUGGCGUAUGACUCUGCUGCACGGAGGCUGUACGGUGAAACUGCUAAGCUCAAUUUGCCAUAA